AUGGAAUGUUUGUCCGCCGACGGCUUGAAUGCGCAUGACUGGGACGAACUCGAGAAUAAAUACUACAGGGCUAUGGAAAAGCACAAAGAAGCAGAAGUUGUUCUCCAAAAUCAUACUUCUGAACUUCUCGAGAUUUUUAUGGUAUGGUCUCAAACGACGAUUAGGCGAGACGAAACGAGAGCCUUGAAAAGAUUCAAGACUCAGAUGCAACAUGUCCAGCAUUCCGAAGAAAGCUUGAAGAAUAAGAAGAAACACUAUAUCGAUGUUGUCAGGGCAUUCGAGAAUGCUCUCGCAUUAUUGGACGACCGCGUUUAG